AUGCGAAAUAGAAUUGACAAACUGAAAGAUGAGGCUAGACAUUGGAUACAGGGAGAAGCAGACAUUAUGAGAUUAGUAGAAACACAUUUUGCCAAGCUGUUCACCUCAGAAGGGGAUAGGAACAUGGAAGACUGCUUAAAACAUAUACCUAUGAGAGUCACGAGUAAGAUGAAUGAUGACUUAAUGGCAAAGAUCAAAGAUGAGGAAAUUAAGGAAGCAGUCUUUGGCAUGGGAAGCUUAAAAGCCCCGGGGCCUGAUGGGUUAAAUGGACUCUUCUUCCAACAGCAUUGGGAUAUUCUGAAUAAAGAAGUGUGUGGCGUGGUGAGGCAGAUUUUUGAAGAAGGAAGCUUACCAGAGGACUUAGGAGAAACAACUGUGGUUUUAAUUCCAAAAGUGAAGCAACCGGAGAGUCUGAAUCAACUCAGACCCAUCAGCUGCUGUAACUUCAUAUACAAGAUUGUAACAAGGGUCUUGGUCGGACGAUUGAGGAAAGUGCUUGAUGUUGUCAUAUCUCCGGUCCAGAGCGCUUUUAUAAAAGGAAGGCUCAUACAGGACAAUAUAAUAGUAGUGCAGGAAGUGUUUCACAAAUUAAACAGAAAAGGAAAUCAAGGAAGUAAUGAUAUAGCCAUCAAAUUGGAUAUGAAUAAGGCCUAUGACAGAUUGGAAUGGAAUUUUUUGCAAAGGGUCAUGGAAAAGUUCGGUUUUAGUAGAGAAUGGGUGAAGCUGAUGAUGAGUUGUGUUAAGAGUGCCACUUAUAGAUUUAAAAUUAAUGGAAAAUUGUCGGCCAAGAUCCACCCUCAAAGGGGACUAAGACAGGGAGAUCCUCUAUCGCCUUAUCUCUUUAUCUUAGCAGCGGAAAGUUUUACUAUUCUCAUGGAAAGGGCUUUGAUGGACAACCUGAUUUCAGGAAUAAAAUUAGCUCCAACUGCACCAGUUAUAACCCAUUUGCUAUUCGCUGAUGACUGUAUCAUUUUUGCAGGUGCGCAAGAAGAGGAAAUUUAUCAAUUAAUUCAGAUCAUAAACAAGUAUACAGAGGCAUCAGGACAGAGAAUAAAUACAGAGAAAUCCGGACUGAUCUUUGGAAGCCAGGUUUCGAUUCAGAGGAGAGUAAAUAUUGAAGAGAUCACCGGAAUGGCGUCGUGGGAAGAGCCAGGAAAAUACUUAGGAUUACCAGCUACAUGGGGGAGAUCCAAGAACAAGGCGCUAGAAUGGAUUCAGGAGAAGAUACUAGACAAAAUGCAAGGAUGGAAGGAGAAACUUUUAAAUCAAGCGGGAAAGGAAGUUUUGAUAAAGGCUGUUAUUCAGGCGAUUCCGGUCUAUGCCAUGAACGUUAUCAAAUUCCCCAAGUCUUUUUGCAGGAAGAUUGAAUCAAUAAUUGCGAAAUUCUGGUGGACUAAUAACGGUAAGGAAAGAAGCAUUCACUGGAAGAGCUGGAAAAAGAUGACCAGAAGCAAAUUAAACGGAGGCCUAGGAUUUAAAGAUUUUGAAAGCCAAAACAUAGCACUCUUGGCCAAGCAAGCUUGGAGACUGGUAAAGGAGGAGGAUGCAAUAUGGGCUCGGAUCCUAAAGGCCAUAUACUAUCCAAAUUGUAGCCUAUGGGAAGCGGGAAGAGGAGGCAACGCAUCAUGGAUUUGGAGGAGUAUGUUGGAGGGUAGAGAUUUUCUCAGAAGGAAAGGAAGGUGGAGUGUAGGAAGUGGAGAAGGGAUACAUAUCUGGGAUGAUAAUUGGGUGGUAGGAAUAGACAAGUUGAGGAGAGUCGGAGAAAGUCAACAUAGAAGAGUGAGCGAGCUAGUAAGAGAGGGCGAGGGCUGGGAUUUAGACAAAAUUCGGGAAAUUUUUCAUGCAAAUGAGAUUGAGCGGAUAACAAGAACGCCCAUUAGUUUGAUUAACAAAAAGGAUCAUUUUGUUUGGCCGUAUAGGAAUGACGGACAGUAUUCAGUCAAAUCAGGAUAUCAGGCAGCGAAGGAGGAGAAGGAUACAAAGGAAUUCACAAUGCUAGGCAAGGCUUCAACAAGUCAGAAUUCGAAGGAGAUAUGGGAGAGGAUUUGGAGAUUACCGGUACCGGAGAAGGUUAAAAUGUUUCUAUGGAAAGCAGUGCAUGGAAUUCUGCCAGUGAACGCGAAUUUAUAUCAGCGCAAAAGUGCUCUCACUCCCAAGUGCAGCAUAUGUCAUGAACAAGAUGAAACAAUAGAACAUGUGUUGCUAUUAUGCCCGUGGACAAGAGCGGUAUGGUUUGGAUCUAGUAUUCAAAUCGUGCCUACGGCUUAUGAUGUCAAAUCUUUUGAAGAAUGGUUGAUAAACACAAUUGACAAAAUUAAAAAACUGGCAGGAAGUGAACAAGACAAAGUUUUGUGCAAACUAGGAUGUGUCUGUUGGUGCAUUUGGAAAACCAGGAACCAGCACAUAUUUCAGCAAACAAAACUCAAUCCACAUAAUACAAUUAUCCAUUCAGAACAGAUUGCAGCAGAAUAUCAUAAUACAACGAAAGACCUCAACAAAGAUAAUAGAGCUAUGGCAGAUAGGAAUGGAGAGAAUCGGAGAAUUACCUGGAGGCCUCCAGCCCGCAACAAGAUGAAAGUAAAUAUAGACGCGGCUUUUCAAAGGGAGACAGGAAUCGCAACAACAGCAGCAGUGUUCAGGGACUGGCAAGGUAAAAUCAUAACCGGAGCUUCAUCAAAAUUCAAAUCAACAUCAGCUUUAGCAGCUGAAGCACAAGCAUACAGAGAAGCUCUUAUUCUCACAAAAAAUUUACAGAUAAGGAACUGCAUAAUUGAAUCAGAUUGUUUACCUCUGGUUCAAGCGAUCAAGGCAAGAACGCCCUUAGCUGAAGCAGAUGCAAUCAUCAGGGACAUUCUACAACUGCUGGAAGAGGCGCCGGAUGUGGGAGCUACUUGGACUCCACGAGAAGGCAACACCCUGGCUCACCAACUGGCAGCAAUGGCAGCAGUAAAUCAACUACAGAGGCAGUGGACAGUUACUCCACCUGUGCAGAUCAGAAAUAUUAUCAGAACGGAAGCAGGAUUCGCAAUUCUUCAGAACAACCAACGCAAUCGAAUUCAAGACAAUCAGGUUUCAAUUUCUACCAAUCUUCAAGGAAAUCAAAGAGACGAAGGAUUACCUGGACGGGUGGAAACGGAAACCUGGAACAGCCAUGCAACUCAGGGGGAUCGGCGGCUUCAGCACCCGGUUUCAAUUCGGCAGACAAAACCCACCAGUAGAGACACUUUCAACAUCAGAAAUAGCCCAAUCGAAGGGGACGAAGCCACAUCUCAUAGUGGGCAGAUGCUCUCUCGGCAAAAGGGUAGCAAUGGUCACAACGCGGCGGUGAAUGGAGCAGAUUUAGGACGUUGUCAAGAGCAGCAAGGGGAGCUUCGGCGAGGGAGAGAAUACGCGCCGAUUGAAGAUGGCACACACACGGUGAACGGCGGACGAACUGAAGCUGAAGACACAAAUCCGGAUGGCCCGCAGCAGCAUCUGAAUCUUCACAUGGAGGUUCGGUGA